AUGUCUCAAGGUGAGCUUUCCUUCAUUCUCGUACCGCGUUCUCUCUCUCCCUCUCCUAUUCCAUCCAAUAUCGAGAAACCAAACCCCUCUUCCUAUUCUCCAAUGACCUUUGCACAUCUUCCAAACGCAAUCACAGACUAUCCUCCGCAUCAGCAUCAACAUCAUUUCGUCCCUCCGCUGGUAAGCGAACGCUCAUGGAGCGUUGUCGAAUAUGAAGACAAUAACGAUCUGUAUUCAAGCAAUCGAAGAAGAAACAAUAGGGGUCUUGUCCCCCAACUAAAAGAGGAAAAGAGUUGGAGCAUCCUGGCUACAAACGAAGCCGAAGAAGGACAGAUUAGAGAUUAUGUGAAUGGCAUUGGAAGUCAUAGAUCAAAUCCACCACCCUAUUCUUAUACGCCGUCAUCCCAACAAGCAUCGCCCGCUUAUCUCUCAUUACACAGCUAUGCCCGGCACAACUCUUCAUUCGCUCCGUCGUCCGAUCAGUCUCCACCGCCGUAUUUCCAACGCAGCGAUACGGCGUCGACAGCACCAAUGCCCGAGCCUGAUUUCCCACCUAGUCUAAGUGCCAAAGCAUUCUUUGAAGAGACGUUCAAGUACGAAAGAAGACGGCCCGAGGAUUUUGUUGGUAGACCCGACGAUAGCAUAUGGACGAAUAAGAAGAUUGAGAAUGAGAUAGAAGGGGAUGAAAAUUGUACGCCGACGCAGAGUCAGAUAGUUGGAAAGAAAAGCCGUACGUGGAGUAUUGCCGCAGUCAUUGGUAUUCCGAUAUGUGCGGCUAUUCUCGGAUAUAUCUACUUGUACGCAAAAAUGGCCAAAUUCUAUUAA